UAAUUCUUCGUCGUUCUCUUCCUCUUCUCCCUCCGUUGAUCUGUGAUGUUUCGCCGGUAAAUUUCGACAAUAGAAGAAGCUUCGUGACUAAUUUGUCUUUUAUGAAGGGACAUCGGAGUUGCCACGAGAUUUAUGAUGCUUUGUGGUUCUUUACGAGAUCGAAUUCAGCCUUGGCUUCGCGAUUAUGUUAAGCUCCAAUCUCUCGCCGUCUUCCUUAUUUACGCUCAGAUUGGGUGCGCAUUAAUCGGAUCAUUAGGAGCAUUAUACAAUGGAGUUUUGUUGAUAAAUUUGGCGAUUGCGUUGUUCGCGCUUGUUGCAAUCGAGAGCAAUAGCCAAAGUCUCGGUCGCACCUACGCGGUUCUUCUCUUCUGCGCUCUGCUUCUUGAUAUCUCAUGGUUCAUACUUUUCACCGAAGAGAUUUGGAGCAUUUCAGCUGAGACGUAUGGAACGUUUUUCAUAUUUUCAGUGAAACUGACAAUGGCGAUGGAAAUGAUUGGGUUCUUUGUGAGGCUUUCAUCCUCGCUUUUAUGGUUUCAGAUUUAUAGACUGGGGGCUUCUAUCGUGGACACUUCACUUCCUCGUGAAACUGAUUCGGAUUUACGAAGUAGCUUCUUGAAUCCACCAACUCCUGCUAUAGCUAGACAAUGUUCAGGUUCUGAAGAAAUCUUGGGUGGUUCCAUCUACGACCCAGCCUACUACACCUCUCUAUUUGAAGAAAGCCAAACCAAUAUAAAUUCACCAAAGGAAACACAGGUGAAUCAUUAUUCAGCUGGGAACAAUGGAUCACCAUCUGCUGCAGAAGGCUCUCAUACUAAGUAUCCCAUAUCCAGAUCAUUGCAUUCAAUUGAUGAAGAGAAGGGCUUGAAGCAACCGGAAGAGAAGGGCUUGAAGCAAACGGGGAUGGCUUCAAUAUGAUUCAAGAAUGUUUUCCAUAAGCGAGGGAGAAUUAUGAGGAGUCGUAGUGUCCAGACAAAGUAGAGCAAGAAGAUUACAUAACAGCUACCAAAAGAUGAGAUUCUUCUAUAUGUUGAGGACAAGUAAGCACUGUUUCUACUUUGAUUUUCAUUAUUUAUUUUGUCUGAAAAUAUGUUAUUUUUGGGGAUAUAUGGUUUAGAUUAGAGUCGGAAUCUACUUGAUGCAUCCAUCAUAUAAUUCUUUCCAAGUUUUUUUCUUGCGUGUAAAUGGAAUGAAGAUACUUUCUUUUA